UGGACGGAUCCUCACCAACUACAUCCCUGGUUUCGCAUGCCUUCACAAAAGCGCAAAGAUUUCAGUGACGACGAAGACACGCCGAGCGCGUACUACGAGCCCCGUCGCUCGCUGUCUCCAACCCCAAGUCCCAAACGCCGCAGGUGCGACGUUCUCGAAAGCGGUAUGUCGCAGCUGACGUUGGGCGGACUCCCAUUUUAUGGGGCACCACCAACAUCAUACACCACGCUUUCUGGCGGUCCGGCAAGGACAGUCGUCGGUGCCAGCGCGAGCCCCAGCUAUCUUGCGCCCGCUGUUCAGCACCCUGAAACACCCACCGUCGUGUCGACAAUAUCACAUCCGUGGUCCGAUGCGCCGCAGGACCCGUAUGUCACGCCUAUACUCGCAAACAUCACCACAUCGGUCGUCCUUCCUGGGUCGGUGGAGGAGCCUACAUCGCCGGAGGCCAGCACGGGCGAAGCGGAGGUCGCGGACGUGUCUAUGAAGGGCCCCUCGUGGUACGAGAUUGAGAAAGACCGCAUAGUCAUCACCGAUCUCGAGGACUCCGACGCGGAGGACGAGGACCGCACUGCCACGGACUCGGGACCCGACGCGCCGGCGUUCAAGAUCUCGUCCGCGCUCCUGGACCGCCUACCGAAACCACACGCCCUCGGGGCCCUCGGGCCGGAGCCGAGCCCCGCGACGGCGCUCGUGCUAUACCGCCCGCUCAUCGUACCGGCGGAGCAUGAGGAGGGCCCGAGCGACGAGGAGGAAGGGAAGGAGGAGAGAGAUCUGGGGAGUGUAAGUGUGGAGGAGUUGCAGCCAAUGGUGGAGGAGGUGCCGAUGGAGGACACGCGCCCGUGCACGCCAAUGGUAGAGUCGGUAGACGAGCCCGUAGACGAACCAAUGGACAUCGAGAUGCUUUGACCAAUCGUCGAGCCGGCUACCUGGUCUGGAACGCUAUCUGCUUUCGUUGCUGUUUCGUACGUAUUAUUGUAGACACUCGAUCGAGAUCGGACGAUACUAUUGGCCAAACGUAAAACGUAAACAAGAGAAUCUGCUCAAGUUAGAUGUGGUUUUAUGUAGAUAUACUCCCAACAAUUGAGAGACCAGACACGACUAGGUAGAACUCACGAUGGAUCUUGCCAUCUCCGACUACUGACUCUAGCUUUAUUUUGUUACACGGGGCACGCGGCGUAGCUACUACCCUUAUUCUAUUUAUCGACGGACGGAUGAAACGAGGGAGAGAAGCAAGGAAGCAAUAGCAACAUUAACGAAAUAAAUCAAUCGAGACCAUAACUGGGACGAGACGACGUAGAGAGCACGCACGACGAGAUACAGCAGACACCGAUUCAAAGCCCCAUGGGCGUUCGUACUGGAGGAAAGUUGCAGAUACCAAUGUUUGCAUUGGGAGGAAUGCCUCAACCUACUUCGAGUUCGACGCGUUCAUCGGCCCUCCAAACCGCAUCACCUCGCUCCCCCGCCUCUGGAUGUCGCCUUUGAUCCCCUCCGCAGAGAUGUUGAGCACGGUAUGCUCGCUUCCGGCAUUGUACAGCCGCUCCGACCGGUUGAUCAACGUCGCAUGGUGUCGAGCGUGGGCGUGCGGGUGCGGGACAUGGUGCAUCUGCAUUGCGGCGUGGUAGGGCGCGCGGAGAGCCAUCGGCGCCUGCGAAGCGCCAGAGGGCCCCGGUUGGGGUUGCCCGCCCGCUGUCUGGCCCGGCUGGCCCGUGUGCAUGUGGUGGGCAGCCUGGCCUGGCUGGCCCACAUGGGGGUGGGCGGCAUGACCAGGCUGGCCGGCGUGUGAGUGAGUGUGCGCUCCAGGCAUAGGGCGUGUCACCCCCGUGCUCAUCGGGCGACCGUGGUCGUGGGUGCCUGUGCCGGGUAGGGGGCGUGAGUAUGCGUCUGGCGGCACGUGGUCGAGCGGGUUUAGAGCGUCGGGGGUGGGGUUGGGGGACAUGGGCGCAGGUGUGGCUGGGUGCGACAUGGGGUGUGGAAAACCAAGGUUCAUCAAGCUCACGGGCGUGGCACUGUGUCCGCCAAGCUGGAGAUUGAAAGGCGAAUGAGAA